GAACGGAGUGGUUGUAGCAUGAUACAGUGCGUGACUCAUAGCCUUCUCCAUUCUUCUCCUACAGACUAAGAAGAAGAAAAAACUUCCUUCCGUUUUCACACUCAACCUUCGUUUUUCCUCACUCUAUUUCUCUCUCCUGCUUUGAUAAUGUAAAAGAAGUUCUCCAAAUCCCAGAAAAAUCGUCUUUGAUAUCAUAGAAGCUUACACUCAUACAUAUAGUUUUCUGUUUCAGACGCUCAUGGCUCUGUUUGGGCUCUCUCUGUUCACUCUGUUUUCUUUGACCCACAUUGCUCUGCUUUCAACUCUCUGUUCCGCUGCAGACCCCACCGUCUCCUAUGACUUCCGAGUCUCUUACAUCACCGCCUCCCCGCUCGGCGUUCCUCAGCGGGUUAUAGCAGUUAAUGAGAAGUUUCCUGGUCCUCCUAUCAAUGCUACUACAAAUAACAAUGUUAUUGUUAAUGUACAGAAUGAAUUGGACGAAGAUCUCCUCCUUACUUGGUCUGGGAUCCAAAUGCGGCGCAAUUCAUGGCAGGAUGGUGUUCUUGGCACAAAUUGUCCAAUCCCUCCUAAAUGGAAUUGGACUUAUCAGUUUCAAGUUAAGGAUCAGAUCGGGAGCUUCUUCUACUUCCCAUCUUUAAAUUUUCAGAGAGCAGCAGGGGGUUUUGGUUCCUUUCAUAUUAAUAACAGGGAAAUUAUUGCAAUUCCUUUUAAUAAGCCUGAUGGGGAUAUCUUCAUUACUAUUGGUGACUGGUAUACGCGAAACCAUACGGCACUGAGAACUGCUCUUGAUGCUGGAAAAGACCUCGGGAUGCCAGAUGGAGUUCUUAUCAAUGGGAAGGGGCCUUAUGAAUAUAACAAUACCCUAGUACCUGAUGGGAUUCAGUUUGAAACCAUCAACGUUGAUCCAGGAAAGACUUAUCGAUUACGUGUGCACAAUGUUGGUAUUUCAACAAGUUUGAACUUCAGAAUUCAGAGUCACAAUCUGCUUCUAGCUGAAACAGAGGGUCAUUAUACAAUGCAACAAAACUAUACAAACUUUGAUAUUCAUGUCGGACAGUCAUAUUCAUUUCUUAUUACCACGGAUCAGAAUGCCAGUAGUGACUACUACAUUGUUGCAAGUGCAAGGUUUGUAAAUGAGUCACUUUGGCAAAGGGUUACUGGUGUUGCUGUCUUACACUAUUCCAACUCUAAAGGUCCAGCAAGUGGUGCUCUCCCUGACCCUCCCAAUGAUGUUUAUGACAAGACAUGGUCGAUGAACCAGGCAUUGAGUAUCAGGCAAAAUGGAUCUGCAAGUGGAGCUCGCCCUAAUCCUCAAGGAUCAUUUCACUACGGUUCAAUUAAUAUCACCGAUACAUACGUGUUAAAGACAGUGCCACCACAGAUAAUCAAUGGGAAACUGCGAGCUACACUAAAUGGCAUCUCAUUUUCCAAUCUUACUACACCAAUCAGGCUUGCUGAUCAGCAUAAAGUUAGGGGAGCCUAUAAGCUUGAUUUCCCCAAUAAGCCACUAAAUAGAUCCCUCCGAAAUGAUAUAUCUGUUAUCAAUGCUACAUAUAAGGGUUUUAUUGAAAUCAUUUUCCAGAACAAUGACACCACAGUGCAGAGUUUUCAUUUGGAUGGAUAUUCCUUUUUUUUGGUUGGGAUGGAUUAUGGUGAGUGGACUGAAGACAGCAGAAAUAGAUACAAUAAGUGGGACGGAAUCUCUCGCUGCACUGCACAGGUUUUCCCUGGUGCAUGGACGGCAGUGCUCGUCUCACUUGACAACCCCGGGGCAUGGAAUCUUAGAUCACAAAACCUUGAUAGAUGGUAUCUGGGCCAAGAGACAUAUUUGAGAAUUGUGAAUCCAGAGGAGAAUGGUGAAACAGAGUUUGGUGCGCCCGAUAAUGUUCUGUAUUGUGGUGCCCUAGCCUACUUGCAGAAGGAACAGAAGCACUCUUCUGCAACAUCAAUUUCCGGAGGAAAUAUCAAGCUCUUCUCCCUGCUAAUGGCAUUCUUCACUUUGGUUUUGUACUUUUAGAUGAUGAAUUUAUUGGUGGCUAUGAGUUUUUCUCUCUCCUCAUAUUAAGGAGCUUCUAGAGGUCUCCAUAUUUUAGGAGAUGGAUAAGGAGUAUGGUUGGAGUUGUAUUUUUCCAAUUCCUUCUUAAAAUUUGUCUAAGGAGGUAGUUUAAGGAGUCUAUUGUGGAUGCUCUAAGGAUCGUAUAUAAGGCCCUUACUAUAGAAUGACUCUAGAUAAGUGUUUCUUUAAAUUUUGCUAUGAUUAGACCGGCCCUAGAGUUUCAUGAAGCUUUUAGGCCCGUUGGUGGCCCAUAUAACAUCAAAAUUUGCACCCUCAAUAACAGG